AAACAGAGCAGAUACGAACAGAUGACGUCGCAGAUUUCGUUCGAAAUUUUUGAAGUGCCUUUCGUCAUUCCCGAAUCCGAGGAGAGCAUACUCUCAUCCGAGAAGAUUUUUUCUAAGCGCUUCAGCCAGUUUGGGCAAGGUGUCACUUGCCAGUAGGAACAAACCUUCAGGUCAGCUUUUUGAUUUGAUUUGCGAUUUGUAGUGUCGGAAAGAAGAUGGCUGGUUGUUGUGGCGGCGGCGAUGGAAUGCAGGCGGUGCGUUCGCCUGCGCAGUGCAUGGAUGCCCCACGGGAGAAGCUGAUGUACGUCUCCUGCAUCCAGUCCCCUCAGGGACUCAUCGCCGGGCUGGUCAAGGACAAGAAGCCCGAUUAUCUGGCCACGGUGGAUAUCGAUCCUGCUUCGGCCACGUUUUGUCAGGUUGUGCAUCGCUUGUACAUGCCGGAUGCUGAUGAUGAGCUGCACCAUUUCGGCUGGAAUGCCUGCGUCAGCUGCCCCAACACUCCACGCCGUUACAUUGUUCUGCCGGGCUUCUUCUCGGGCAACAUCCACAUUGUGGACGCCACGACGGACCCGUGUCGUCCGCAGUUGAUUAAGCAAAUCAAAGGCAAAGACAUCGCGGAGAAGUACAACGUCAGCUAUCCGCACACGGUGCACUGCAUUCCCAGCGGCGACGUGAUGAUCCACACUCUGGGAAAUGCCCAAGGGGACGCCCGUGGCGCUUUCUACCUGCUGGCCGGGAACACGUUCGAGCCCAAGGGUCUGUGGAACUCCGGGACGGAGGCCAUUAAGGGGCAUGACUUCUGGUAUCAGCCGCGGCAUAACAUCAUGAUUUCCACCGAAUUUGGAGCGCCCAACAAGUUCACCAAGGGAUUCGACAUCAAGGACGUUGAAGCCGGGUAUUAUGGGUCGAAAAUUCAUUUUUGGCGGUGGACGGAACGAGAGCUUUUCCAGACCAUCGAUUUGGGCGACGACGGCCGGAUUCCCAUGGAGAUCCGCUUUGUGCAUAAUCCGCAGGCUACCGAUGCUUACAUUGUUACCGCAUUGGGUGCUUCCAUUUUUCACGUCCGCUUGAACGAGGAUAAGAAAUGGGAGGCCAAAGCGGCAGUGAAGAUCCCACACAAAACCGUUUCCCACUGGGCGCUGCCCUUUGUCCCGGCUUUAAUUACGGAUGCGCUGAUUUCCCUGGACGAUAAAUAUCUCUUUGUGACCUGCUAUCUUCACGGAGAUGUCCGCCAGUACGACAUUUCCCAACCGGAUCAGCCGCGUCUUGUCUCACAGAUCUUUGUGGGUGGUGUUAUCGUGGAUGAUACUGGUGUCAAAGUGGACCGGGACGAGGAGCUUUCGCAUCAGCCGUCGAGAACGGUUAUUAAAAACCGCAAAAUUCACGGUGGUCCACAUAUGAUCCAGCUGAGCCGCGACGGAAAACGCUUGUACGUCACUGUGUCCAUCAUUACGCCGUGGGAUGCGCAGUUCUAUCCAGACUUAAUCAAACAUGGCGGUGUGAUGCUGUUGUUGGACGUGACGGACCAGGGGUUGACGCUGAAUCCGGACUUUUUGGUGGACUUUGGCAAGGAGCCGGAUGGAGCUGUGCGCGGCCACGAAAUGCGCUAUCCGGGCGGUGACUGCACGUCUGACAUCUGGGUGUAGAAUUUUAGUUUAGUUUGUUCUUUAGAGUAUAUAUCACUGUUUAAUAAAAUUCGACUUUCUCGUAUUCGACUUUCUCGUAUUUUCCGGUGCCGGAAGUUGUUAGUUUUGGGGUGGGUAUUCGGUGGGCGCGUGAUUUCCAAAUCCGCGCAAUAAUCGAGAAACGUAUGGGCUGUGUUUUGGAUUCUGAUUAUUAUUAUUAAACUUGUCGUAACUAUGA